AUGGUGACUUUACUCACAAUUGAAGUUUUAUCAAUUAUUGCUACAGCACUAACGAAUCUUGUUGGUAUAUUAGCUUUUGCAACUGAUCAUUGGUCAAUAGUUGUUUAUGACUUUAGCAAAUUACAUGCACAUAUAAAAUGGGUUGUUGUUGAAAAUACAACGAAUGGUAGUGCAUAUAUGAUAAAUAAUACGGAUGAUGGAAAUCAUACAGGAAUAUUAUCAUUUAAUAAACAACAAUUAGAAACAACUGUAUUCGGUAUGAAAAAUGGUACAACAUUAUAUAAAACUCACAAAGGUGUAUUUCGUCAAUGUAAUUAUUUAUCUCAAAAUGUUCGUGAAUAUUUAAAACUAACGAAAUGCCGUGUCUUAAAAGUAGCAAAUAAUCAAUAUGAUGAUGUUCUUCAUGGAAUGAAUAAUCCUGGACGAGAAUUAAUACGUCUACACAAUGUGGCAGCUGCAUGUGCUAUUUUGAUUGUACUUCUUUUAUGCGCUUGUACAUUAGUUGGUGUUUCCGUAGGCAUUCUUAAUAGUGUUGUUUUAGCAACAAUGACUAUUGGAAUUAUCUAUCUUGUUACUACUAUGUUCAGUGUAUGUCUUUUGGCUAUUAUGCAUACUGUAUUAAAAAGUGAACGUAAACAAUCGCAUUGCUUUGCUUUGGAAAUUCUUACUGAUGAUUUGUGUAAAGCUCGAACUAUACAAUCAUCUUACUCAUUUGCAUUAGGUUGUUUACUUAUUAUUCUUUGUUUUAUAACAUCGGUAUUAUGGUUAUCAUUGCAAGAAAAACAGCGAAAAUUUGCACAACACUGA